AGACAGAUUUGCCUUCUCCGUAAGGCACGCCGUUGUGGUGUGCCAACACUUUAAAAAGGCGUAACUGGGAAUAGUUUGGUGAGAAUUACUGCGUCUCAGAGGUGUGAAGAGUAAAGCAACGAAAAAGAUCACCAACUACCUUGCACUCAGUUGCGCUAUGAAUAUCCAGUCCGCAAUCAAUAGGGAGGUGUUUGUCCCCCGGGAUGAGAGGAUGCUUGUGGCGGUGGAGGUGAAGAGGAGGAAGAGGAAAAGGGUCCCCUUUUUGCCCACUGGAGGCAAGGGAGACUAUGUGACAUACAUCUGUUUGUCAGUGACCAAUAAAAGGCCAGCUCAGCUUCUCAUCACCAAGAUCAAACGAUUUGGAGGCUCCACCCCCUUCACCAGGAGGUCACAGUGGACAGUGGAGCAGCUCCGCCAGGUCAACGGCAUAAACCCCAACAAGGACUGCCCAGAGUUUGACCUGGUAUUCGAUAACGCUUUGGACCAAUGGGUGGCCAGCUCUGCGCCAGAGAAGUGUAUCUUCAUCCAGAUCAUGUACCAUGCCUGUCAGACAUACUGGGACGGCAAAGAGGGGGUCCAUGGUGGCUUGGGUAGGCCUGCUGGGGACCAGCAGAAGGGCGAGAUGGUUCCCGAGGGCCAGGGUAGUCCAGGGAGCCCGACAGGAAGGCCAGGCCUCCAGGCAAGAAGGAAGAGCAUCGUGGGUCCCAAGCCCCCCAAGCCCCGCAAGCCUGAGUUUGUCAACUGUCACUCCAAACUCACAGGAGAUGCCAGCAAUGUUAAUCUGAUCCUUAACCGCUGCAAAGUAUUUUUCAACCGCAUGAAGAAGGCAAUGGUUUUAAAGCGAAGCCGCCCUCAAACUGUAGCAGGUCCCAGUGGGCAGCGCCCCUAUGGGGGCAGCAUGGGUAGUGUAGUCCAGAAGGCCAGCCAGGCCCUGCAUGAGCGCGGGGAGAGACUGGGCCGAGCCGAGGAGAAGACUGUAGACCUGAUGCACAAAGCCCAACAAUUUGCGGACACUGCUCACAAGCUGGCUCUGAAGUAUUCCCACUAAAAGCUUCUGGUUCUGGAGUCCUUGGUGCUAAUUCACCUGAGUCUGUAUAAUAACGUGUACUAAUGUUGUACUGAGGCAUAUUUUAAAGCCAGCUGACUGCAGUUCCUCUAUGAAGAAUACAAUGUUCUGAGAGGAAGACUGGGUUGUUAUACAUGCCCUUUGGAUGUUGACUGGAUGAAUAACUGUGUCACCUGUGUCAAAAGUCUAUGGACAUGUUUACAGGAAGGCCGUGGGGUGGAUAGCCCAGUUGAGAACCUGGAAAACAGAAGAACCUUUGACUAGCUAUUGAACUGGAUGGCAACGUUGUUUCAAUGUCACUGCUUGAAAGGACUUGUUGCCGUGCUUCAGUAGCCUCUGCUCUGAAAGUUUUAGGGAUUUUGUUUAUUGACCUAUUUGGUUUACGUGAGGCAGUAGAUAUUUAAAUAUUGGCAUAUUCAUUCUUAUGGUUACACCUGAUAAGUGAAGUUGAAUACGUGAUUCAUUUCUUUCCAUGACUCUUCAGAGUUCACAUGUCCUCUCUGUAAUGGAAGUAUUUUUCUAUGGCAGUCUUCUUUCAUAAAUGAUUGACCAUUUUAUGAUGCUGAAUGGGCACAUAAAGAGCAGGCUGUGAAUACUGGCACAGAAAAUAAAAUUUGGAUUGCCACUUGAGGAUAUGGGAGAAUGCAUUUUACCCAUUUCAAAACGUAUUUAUAUAUUUACAAAUGACACUAAUUGCAUUUGAAUGUUUUUAAAUAGAUACGUAUAGUUCUUUCCGGUUAUUGCCUCUAGGUUUUGUCAGAGCAGGUGCAGGGGUGUGUAAGGGACUGGAUGUCUUGGCUCUUUCUAGAGAGGAGGAUAUUGCAUGGUUUCUUUCACUAAUUUGCUUUCAGUGUUUGUCAAUGUUGACUUUCAGUACCCUUUCUCCGCUUGUUUCAGAACCAUCGAUUGCUCACUAAUCUUUGUUCCAAAUUCCAGUUGCUUGUAUUCCUAUUCGGGUCUUGUCUUUGUGAAAUUGUGUUUGAUUAAUUGAUCCGCUUAAUUGUCAUUGUCUUGUUGCAUUUCUGGUCAGUUUCUUGUCUCUUGUACCAAUGUGCUUUUUUGCAUGUAUUCAUGUCUCUUAUGAUUGGUUAAACUUUGAAGUGUUGAGUUUAGCGGAUAUGUCCUUGUGACUGGAUGUUUGAUGGUUAACCUAUUCGCCCAACUAGCUCUCUGUGGAAGUAAAUCACCCUAGGAACCAGGUUUAUGUGGUAAUGAAGCCUUUUUUAAGCGUUGAGACUCUAAGGCUGUUUGAUUGGUUAGUGAUGAGGGCAGGUUAGGAUGAUGGACUAGUUGUACUGUUUGCAAGAUUGGUCGAAAUGGGCUUCAUGCCUAAUGAUAAUGUGUUUUAUUGUAUACCAUAAAGACAGAGCUAAUGUAUGAUGUGCUUUAGCAGUUAGGAAAGUUGGCCUCUUAAUGCUCAACCUCACAGAAUGAGGUUAGCCUUACCUGUCUUUGCUGAAUGAGGCUUGCUACAUGAAUGCUGUGGUGAUCUCAUAUUCUGUUCUGUUGAAUCUAAUUUAUUUGUACAUGUACAGUCCAAGAAGGAGGACAUUACCUUUAUAGAUGUUAACCUUGUACUGACAGGUUUUACUAAAAUUUCUACUUUUAUAACAUAGGCUUUGAACUCUUUAGUAUGAAAUGAAAUGUUAACAUUGUGCACUGUCUUUAAUGAGAAGAGCAUGACCUCUUUUUCACCCAAUAAAUGAAAUGGGACCCA